AUGCUCAAUGCUAUAAAAGGAUUAGUUAAUAACCUUUCACCAGAAGAUAAGAAAGGUAUGCUUGAUAUGUUUGGGAUCAAAAUGUCUAAGAAAGCUAAAGACAUUACCAAUAAAUUAGCUCUGGCAAUUAAGAAUCAAGGAGGUACAGGAAGUGCAGCAGAUAUUUUCAAGAAUGCUAAGAGCUUCUAUGAUGACUACAAUGGUGUCAUGAGUGUUCCAGCUUCAAAUUCCCCAGUUGCUUUAGAUCACGAUCAGAGAUCUCAUAAUAGAGCGUUAAUGGAGAUGCAACCAAUAUACUCAGACCCUCCACCAAAGAUGUUAGUUAACAGAAGAUAUGAAACAAGGUAUGCAAUUAACUCAAAGUUAGUUACACCACUUGCAAAAGUCAUUGAACUCUUGUUUGCUAACAAUUAUUUCGAACCAAUUAGAACAGGAGAACUUUGCACAUACUUCACAACAAUGUAUAAUGAGAACCUUGAAGAAAUGAUUGACCUCACAUACAAUGAGCGUUAUUGCGCAAGGGUGAAGAAAGAUUGGAGUUCAGAGACGAAGAAAGACAUGAAGUUCCCAAGAGAACAUGUUUUCUUUGCUGACUUCGAAGCAUCAACUGAUGGAAACAUUCACAAGGCAUACAACAUUUGUUUCAUGGAAGAUGACGAUGAUGGUUAUACAUCAAUUUGGGGAAGUGACUGUGCGUCAAAAUUCCUCGAAGCUUUACCAGAUAAGAGUUUAGUUUAUUUCCACAACUUAUCGUACGAUGUCACUUUUCUCAUGUCUCAGUUAGAAGAGAUUACAGGAACUCCAAUCAUCAAAGGUUCACAGACGAUGCAGAUACAAGGAAAGUACAAAGGAAAACUUCUCUGCUUCAAAGACUCUUAUGCAAUCAUCUCAACUAAGUUGAAAAGAUUCCCUGAAAUGUUUCACCUCACUAGUGGUGAAAAAGAAGUUUUCCCAUAUAAUUACUACACGGAAGAGUUGGUUAAUACAACUAAAGUUGGUAACAUCGAUGAUGCCAUGAAUCAU